UAAAAGUAAUUUAAAAGAGGAUACUGAUUUUAAAACAAUAAAAAAUAAUAAUGAUGUAAUAGCCCACAACAUUAAGUGACUGUAGUACAGAGAUACAUUCCCAGACUGGGCUGCUCUGAUGUAUAGAUGACACAACAGCACUCUCAAGUGGCGCAUAGCACAGGUGAAGCCAUGUUUCUAUUCAGUUAAUCUGAUGUUGGUCUGUGCCUUUAUUGUGUUAAACUUGGCCUACAAUUGACUGUUUUAACCAAAUGCUUCAAAAUUCAAGUUUGGAAAUAUCCACAAUUCAAACAAAAGGAUGAUUUUGUUCCCCCCAAAAGUCAGUUUCAGUGUGAAAUCAGAAAUAUCUGCACCUCACAACUUUUCUGUUAUGUUUUCUUUGUCUUCUAAGUCUGCGCUCAGAGGUUAUCUGUUUGCCUUCGCAGCUUUGUUUGCCACAGCAACAUCCCUUCACAUUUAUUUAUUGUUUUUAAAUUGCACUUUGGUCACUGUUGGGGACUGAGGGAGGGAGGACAAAGUUCACAGGGCGCAUGUAAGGAGGAGGGGGUGAAGAGGAGGAAGGUUAAAAAAAAGAAAAAAGAAGAAAAUUGACCUUUGAAAGCAAAACAGCAGGUGGAGAGCUAAAACCAGACAGCUCAGGAGGAAAUUCAACACAGAGGAAAAUGAAAGUAUACGUUCUGUGGAGCUGAAGAGGGACUACAGAUAUAAUGAGGCCCAACGCUGGCUGCCUGGCUCUCAUUUGAGUGUGGUAGUGCACAUGAGAGCAGUGUUUGUUCGCGAGGCAGUGGCGAGGAAAGGCAACAGACUAAUGGAGGGAGAGGAUACUACCAGGGCAGCCAGGGCGAGGCCGAGUCGUCUGACUGCCCUUCAGGAGCAGCUGAUCUGGGCCCUGCUGGGAUCUGGACUGUCUCGGGACGUCCUGGUCCAAGCCAUGGGGGAACUGGAGCAAGACAGGGUGAGCGCUGGCGCCGAGAGGGGAGAGAGGGGGGAUGGAGAGAGCUCCGAGGAGGGAGAAAUGGAUUUCCCACCGCCCAUAUUCCGUGAGCUGGAGAAGUUUCCCCCAGAGGAGGCAGCCAAACUGAGGGUUGAAGUCGACCGGCUACUGCAGGAGGACCCCUGGCAUGUUGCAAAAAUGGUGAAAAGCUACAUGCAGCAGCACAACCUCCCUCAGAGAGAGGUGGUGGAGUCCACAGGACUCAACCAGUCCCACCUCUCCCAGCACCUCAACAAAGGCACGCCCAUGAAGAACCAGAAGAGAGCUGCUCUGUACAGCUGGUACGUCAAGAAGCAGUGCGAGAUCAGCCAGCAGUUUACCAAUGCCAAACAUGGCCUUGCAUCACUGGAGGAGCAAGGAGAAGAUACCAAGAAAGGACGGAGGAACAGGUUCAAGUGGGGUCCAGCAUCCCUGCAGAUCCUUUUCCAUGCCUAUGAACGACAGAAGAACCCCAGCAAGGAGGAGAGAGAGGGGUUGGUGGAGGAGUGUAACAGGGCAGAGUGUCUCCAGAGGGGGGUGUCCCCCUCUCAGCUGGCUGGACUGGGCUCCAACCUGGUUACUGAAGUUCGGGUGUACAACUGGUUCGCCAACCGCCGCAAAGAGGAGGCCUUCCGUCACAAACUGGCCCUCGACACGCCUUUCACCAACCAAUCAGCCUCAUCUUCCAACCUCAACCUUCCACCAAGUCCCGAGCACGGUGUGAAAUACAGCCAGCAAAUCCUAUGUGACACUGUGAGCUCAGCCAGGGGUAGCGGAGGAGAGAGAGUGGGACGUCUCGCAGUCAGCCCUGUCCAACUGGAGCCAAGCCACACACUCCUCGAGACCCACAACCCCAAGUCGGUGUCCAGUGGAGGCCCACUGCCCCCAGUAAGCACUCUGACCUCCCUACACAGUCUGUCUGCCUCCCCUGCUUCCUCACAGGGCCUCAUCAUGGCCUCACUGCCCAGCAUCAUGAGCCUGGGGGAGUCCUCACUUCUCAUUGGUUUAGCCUCCACGCAGCCUCAGACUGUACCUGUUAUAAACAAUGUAGGGGGAGGUUUCACCACGCUUCAGCCAAUCUCAUUCCAGCAGCAGCUUCACGCCUCUCCACAGCAGCCAAUAUCACAGCAGCUUCAGAGUCACAUGGGCGCCAGUCCAUUCAUGGCAACCAUGGCGCAGCUGCCAUGUCACAUGUACAACAAGUCGGAUUCGCCCCAGUACCAUUCGUCCAGUCUGCUGUCACAAGCCAUGGUCAUCACUGACAGCAGCAGCCUGGGGACCCUGACCAGCCUCGCUGCCGUCAGACAGAUUCUAACAGCAGAUCCUGAGGAACAGACGGACCCACCUUUACAGGAGGAUUCUCUGCAUCUGCAGCCAAACACACCUGUGCCAGCAUCUUCUGAGAGCUUGGAGCUGUACCCUGCCUCUCAGACGACAGACAGCCAUCAGUCCCACCUCCUCUCGCCUUCACCAACAGAUAUCAGCUCCUACAUUCCUACACAAAUGGUCUCGACUGCACAGUAGAAGUGCUGUGGGAAUGUAGCGUCUCCUCACUAUCAGCUGGACUCAGUUUUGUGACAGACAGCUACCUCUGGUGUUAAGCUCCCACAGAAACCUGGAGUCAGGGGCCACGGGGACAUGAUGUUUCAAAGACUCUCGGAUGCAAACGCCAUACAACUGCAAUGUGAACAAGGAUGCACGUUAAAGAUGUGGAAGAUUUGAUACUCAAGGGAAUCAACUGAAAAUCAACACAAAAAUGUAUUUUUAUUAAAAUAAUGUUUUGUAAUAUUCAGAGAUUGUAAAUUCAGGUGAAACUUAUGAAGCACUUGUUACCUGCAUUAUUUUUUAACUCACUGCCUUCAAAUGCUUUUUUCACAUUUUAAUGAGUCUCUUUCAAAGUAAAGGCUAUUUGAAGAAUAA